AUGAUCAAAGAAGAGGACUCUUUAAGAAAGGGGCAAAAUGUGGCUGUAUGGAAAACCCUACUGGCUGGCGCCGUAUCUGGGCUGCUAGCACGGAGCGUAACGGCCCCUAUGGAUACUAUCAAGAUCAGAUUGCAAUUGACCCCUGCAAAUGGACUGAAACCUUUGGGAAGCCAAGUGAUGCAGAUAAGCAAAAGCAUGAUAAAGAACGAAGGUAUCCGUGCCUUUUGGAAGGGCAAUAUACCAGGUUCUUUGCUGUAUGUCACUUAUGGAUCAACACAGUUUAGUUCAUACUCCCUUUUCAACAAGUAUUUAGCACCAUUCGGUUUAGAGGCGCGGUUACAUAGUCUUGUUGUCGGGGCGCUUUCCGGCGUGGCUAGUUCCAUUUUCUCCUACCCGUUCGAUGUGUUACGCACCCGAUUAGUCGCUAACAAUCAGAUGCACUCAAUGAGCAUUAUAAGAGAGGUGCAUGAUAUUUGGAAACUAGAAGGCCUCCCCGGAUUCUUUAAGGGCUCCAUCUCAUCGAUGGCAACCAUUACUCUGACCGCAUCUAUAGUAUUCGGAACAUACGAAACUAUCAGGAUAUAUUGCGACGAAAAAGAUAAAACCACGGCCGCGGGUAGAAAAUGGGAACUGACCACCUUAAACCACAGCGCGGGAACCAUUGGCGGAGUCAUUGCCAAAAUCACUACUUUCCCCCUCGAGACAAUUCGUAGACGAAUGCAAUUCAUGAACUCGAAGCAUUUGGAGAAGUUCUCAAAGCACUCGUCCAUAUACGGCACUUACAAGGGGUACGGUUUCGCAAGAAUUGGACUACAGAUUUUGAAGCAAGAAGGUCUAAGCUCGCUUUACAGAGGUAUUCUGGUGGCCCUUUCCAAAACCGUCCCAACCACUUUUGUGAGUUUCUGGGGUUAUGAAACGGCCAUCCACUAUCUGCGGCUGUUUUAA